AUGCACUGGCUUGCAGAGCAGCUCGGCGGGGCGGGCUCCGCCUUUGUCGGCGCGUACCUCGGCGCCUCCACCGCGAGCACCCAUUGCUCGUGCCAUUUCGAGUCCAGCCCCGUGGACGAGGGGCUGCUGACAAUCCUCCGGGCGCAGCUGGACCGCUGCGGGCCCGAGCGGCUGCACGCCGCGGCGGCGCCUGUGUGCGCCCAGCCGGUGGGCGGCUUCUUGGUGGCGGCUGGCCUCGGGCUGCUGCUGGGCAUGGCGACAACACUGGACUCUGAUAUCAUCCAGAUCCUGGUGGACUACGUCGACGAUCCCAAUUCAUUAUGGCAUCACAGACUGUUGCUCUUCGAACUUGGGCCGGGGCGGUGGGUAUGCGCCACCCCAGAUUUUUCAGUGCAAGUCAUCGACUUGUCUCAGCACCGCGUGCUGCCCCUGGCUCGGGCGGCGCCGUGGCCUGCACAGGUGCGCGGCAAUGUGUACGGCUUCGACCCGCUCACGGCCGACCAGCGGGACGACCUCUUCCUGCGGGGCGGCCAGCUCGCCCGCGUGCUGGGCCACCAGCCUGGCAACACGGCGGCCGCCGCCGACCGCCAGUGGCGGGUCUCCGACACGGGCCACGAGAAGUUCAACGAGGUGGUCGCGGACGGGAACAUGCUGGGCGAUCGUGCGGUCGUGAAGGGCGACACCGGGCUGUACUGCAUCGACGAGGGCGCCAGCGAGUGGGUGUCCGUUCAGCGCGUGCGGGUCCGGGACCACGACGCCUGGCUGGAGAAGAAGCGCAGCGGCCCGGGUCGGGACUUGCGCAUUCUUCCUGUGCAUCGCGACGCGGGUGGCAAGAGAGCGAUGCUGCUCCGCGAGUCCAUCAACCUCUUCCGCGAGCCGAAGUUCCCCGACUGGCCGUUCGAGGGGCCCUCGGCCGCCAAGGAGGUCUUGGGCGACGUGGCCGCGGCGGGGCUGGAGCUCCAUCUGUACCCGACGUGGUGGGAGAGCAAGAGCGGGGUGAACCCGACGGGCAGCGUGGCGCGGGAGGUGCGGCUGGCCUUCGACUACCUGAGGAUGCUCCAGGCGUACGACCAGACGAACAUGGUGUCCUUGGCGGCGGUGGAGCUGAUCUGCCGCCGCAUCGUCGUCUGCCAGAAGGCCGUGCGGCGGAACCCGAAGGCACCGGACUUCACCGGCCUCGAGCGCUUCGUGCUCUCCAACUUCGACGAGUCGGGAGGACUCAAGACGACGGAGUUCGACAAGUACAUGGCGGAGCAGCAGAAGGCCAGCGCCGUGGCGCUCAAGAGUAUGCGCCAGGACGUCGAGGAGCAGGAGAACGAGAAGAAGAGGCAGGCCGCCGGCAUCGCGGGGCUUGGGCAGUUCGGCGGCGCCCCCUUCUUCGAGGUUUUGUCAUCGCCCUGCGAUACGUUCCCCUUGCCGACGGGCUCCGCGUUGGACAUGUUCGGCAGGGGUGAUCGGGCGGCUUCGCGCCGCCUCCCGACUCGAGCGGGCGACGAGCCCUCAGCAGCAGCCCUCGUGUCAGACGCGGUGGCGGCGCUGAAUGGCCUGGCGUCAGCGCGGAUCGGCCGACCACUGCAAGUGCGGCGGUCGCGGCCAGCAGAGCGAGAGGUCACGUCGGCUCAGCAGUCGAUUCUGGACCGUGUCGCGGAGCGGGUAGACGACCAGUUUCCUGCCCCUCCAGAUGCUAGUUUUUCUUCGGCGCUUCCGGACCUCCUGAAGUGCGCGGACAUGUAUUUGACGAGCGAGUCCUCCAGCCGGGUCCCCAUCCAGCUGGAGCGGCUCAAGAUUUUGCAGAACAGUACGAUGCCCAAGGAAGCCCUGGAUGUGGUCGGCGCGGACGCCCGCAAGCUGCUGGCGGACCCCUGGCGCUACAUCGAGCGGCGGGCCAACGACGUGGAGGCGGACGGUCCACCUCCUCGGCCAUACACCGACCCCAGACUUCGGUUCAGCCGCGAGCUGAUGAAGGAGCUUGUGCUCACCCUCCACCGGGGCAACCUCGUGGUCUUCCGGCCCUCGGUGAAGGCAUUCAUCGGCCUCUUCACGGUUGUCAAGAAGGACGGCUGGUGGCAGCGGCUUAUCGUCGACGCCCGCGUGCCGAACCAUUGGCACCGGCGGCCGCCGCACUCGUACCUGGCGACGCCGGGGGCGGCUUCCGCUCUCGACCUGAGCGAUGCCGCGCUGGAGCCUGGGGAUGCUGCCGUGUUCUACGGCUCGAUGGUGGCCGUCCUCAGCGAGCGGGGCUUCACGCUGCGGGACAACGUGGAGUGCGACGCGAACCUCGACAUGGUGGGGUUCGAGCUGCAGGGCGCCAAGUUCGUCUGGAGGCAGCGGCGGUCUCGGUUCUGGCGUCUGUGGCACGCGCUGCGGCAGCUGGAGCUCCGAGGCGGCUGCGCGGGGGAGGUGAUGCGCAUCAUCCUCGGCCACCUGGUCAACUUCUUCAUGCUCUCGCGGCCCGCCCUCAGCGUGUUGUCGCGGUUGUAUGUUUUUAGCACUGAGAACCUCGGGCGCUACCGACGGUUUGACGGCCAUGUUCGAGGGGAGCUGGUCACCUGCCGCGGCUUGUUAGCCCUCGUUCGCAGUCGGCUGCGGCCGCACCAUUACCCAGUCGCUUUUUGCUCGGAUGCCUCGACGCGGGGCUACGCGAUCCACAGUGGGCAGAUCGACCCCCACCUGCUGUACGACGUCUGCCGCUGGCGAGAGCGCUGGCGAUUCGCCGUCGCGGAGGAGGGCGAGGGGCCCGGCAUCGACGGGGCUCAGACCGGCCUGGACGCCGACUUCCGCGAGCUGGGCGCCGACCUGGACAUCGAGGACGGCGACUGGGAUCGGAGGGGCGACCGCGCAGUUCCUGUGCGGCGCGCCCCGCGGGUCAGCAGCCUGGUGCCAGCCGAGGCCCUGCGGGCUGCCGAACUCGGCCUCCCGCACCCCAGGGUCACGGGGAUCGUGCCCGCGCUGCCGGACACGCUGGUGGCGCCGACGCGCUGGCGGCGGCUUCUGGUUGGCGCUUGGCAGCGCCGCGAGGCGAUCCACAUGAAGGAGGCGAGGAUCGCGCUGGUGGGGCUGUACCACGCCGUCCGGGACCCUGCCAGCCACGGAGGCGUGGUCUUGUCGCUGGGCGAUAACCUCUCGGAGGUGCUCGCCACCGAGCGGGGGCGGGCGCAUGACCCCGCCCUCAACUCAGUGUGCCGCCGGGCAGCGGCGGUCGAGCUCGGGGCCGAGGCGCGGUGGGUUCGCCGCUACGUGGAGACGGACCGCAACCCCACGGACUCGGACUCCAGGCUCGCGGAGCAGGGGAUCCUGGCGCCGGGCGAGUCGCUGCGCGGGGGCCGCCUUGCCGCCCGGCUGAGGCGCCUGCGCGAGGGCGCGUGCUGCCCCGACCGCGUGCCCGAUGGCGCCCCGCGCGCCGCCGCGAGCUCGGCGGCGGCGCCGGCGCCUCCCGCGGGCCCCCAGCGCCGGCCACCGUGGCCUGGCGCACGGGGGCCGUCGCGUCGGCGCGACCGCGCUGGGGUGCUGGAGAUCUUCGGCGGGAGCUGCAGGUUCUCUGGCGCGUGCGCGGCGGCAGGCCUCCGCAUCCUGUGCCCUGUCGAUGUCUCAGCCGGGCCGCACUUCAACGUUCUUAGCAUCGCUGUUCAGCAAAAGAUACUGCAUUGGAUUUCCCACGGAUAUGUCUGUCAUGUACACAUCGCUACCCCGUGUACCCGCUGGAGUGUAGCCAACGCGACUGGGGCCCCAGACUCGGAAGGUUCGAGAGCAGGCCUUGGGUGCGCUGACUUCACGGUGCGGGUCCUCAAGAUGUGCCAUCGGUGUGGGGUCUCCGUGUCGCUCGAGAACCCUAGGUCUUCGAGGCUCCUGAAGUACCCGCCCCUCGUUAACAUCUUCGAGAAACUGGGCUGCGUGUCGUUCGAGUAUCACUGUUGUCGCUAUGGGGCUCCUUACCUUAAGCCGACCGUGUUCGUGACGAACGUCCCGUCCUUGAGUGUCAUUGAGAGGGCCUGUGUGUGUACUGUACCCCAUGAACGACUAGAAGGUAAGGUAAAGAUCCCAGAUGAGACAGGCAAACUAGUUUGGAAAUGGAAGACCUCGUUGGCUGGCGCCUACCCUCCUGGCCUCUGCCGCGUCGCAGCCCGGGGGCUCAAAGAGGCUCUCGGACCGGGUGCCCUCCGCCGAGAUGGCGAGCCGGCGCUCGACCCGCGCUGGGAGCGCGAGCUGGCAGCGGCAGCGGGCUUCCCGCAGCCGAAGCCGCUCGAGGUCCCCUCGUGUCCACGGCGGUUUACUACUGGCUGGGAGCACGCCGUCGGGCACCAGCUCUGUGGCGACAGCGCGGAGCAGCGUCGCCAGGCGACCCUGACCAGCGGUGGCCGGCCGCCGCAGGGCCUUCUGCUGCCGGACGGGGUCGACAGUCGUCCCCCGACCGGCGACCGGCGGCGGCGCGCCGCCACCAGACAGGCCGUGGCCAAGACGGUGAAGGUGUCCCCCGGCGAGAAGGGCUACUUGAAGCAGAGGUCGGUGGGCGGGGCCACGCUGCGGCUGUACCAGCGGGAGUACGAGAUGCUCGUGGCCUGGUGGAAGGCGCAGCGUCUCUCGACCGUGAGCACCGAGGCUCACGACGAGGCCCUGGAGCGCUACCUCGACAAGCUCUUCUUCGACGGGGAGCCCGCGAGCCGGGCCAACAACGUCGUCCACGCCCUGAUGUACCACAUCGACGAGGUCUGGGCGAAGACGCCGCACUUCCCCCGGACGCGGCGAGCCCUGCGUGGCUUCCGCAAAGCCUCGCAGACCAGGUCGCGGGAUGGGUGCCCGUGGGAGGCAGCGCUGGCCCUUGCCCAUUGGAUGGGCCGCCAGCGAACGCCGUUCAUGGCGGACUCGGCGGCGCUCACCCUCGUGCUCUUCGACGGCUACCUGCGAGCCUCGGAGGGCCUCGGGCUGGGGCGGGACCAGCUCAUCCCGCCGCAGGGCGGCCGCGGCGCCCGGAGGUGCUGGGCCGCCAUGAUCUGCCCGGAAGAGGAAGGGCGCCCUACCAAGAGCGGCGACUUCGACGACACGGUCAUCUUUGGCGACACCUCGGAGGCUCGGAGGCCGCUGCUCACCAAGAUCCUGCAGGUGCUGCAUCGGACGACCGAGGCGGGCGCGCUGGUGUUCGACGGCCUCUCCCUGAGCUCGUACGAGCGGGUCUUCCGUCGCGGGACCCUGGAGCUCGGGCUCGAGAACCUGCGCCUCACCCCGCAUUGCCUUCGGCACGGCGGUGCGUCGACAGAUGGCCUGGACGACCUCCCGAUCGUGCAGAUCCAAAAGAGAGGCCGCUGGAAAAGCCUGGCAAGCUGCAAGCGCUACGAGAAAAAGGGCCGCCUCUUGAAGCAGCUCGACCGCCUGAAGGCGGUGCCAGGCGUCCACGGUGAGACUUCUUUGCAGUGGCUCCUCACGCAGUUCCCUCGGAUCCUUCAGAACCAGCGCGUGAUGAGCUAG